CAAAUCCAAAAAGAAAAGCUGCAGCUGGAGGAUUUUGGUUCAUGUGUAACAUUGUCUAGUCACUUAGCUAGAUUUUACCCUUUAAAUAAAAGGUGAUGCCCCCAAAAAGCCUGGCAGCAAGCACAUACACAUGCAGACUGACCUUCACCGCUGUUCAGAUUGUGGGAAGAGUUUUACUCAAAAAGGUCAUCUCAAAACACACCAACGAAUUCAUACAGGAGAGAAGCCGUAUGUCUGCUCGCAGUGUGGGAAGCGUUUUAGUCGACUGAGUACUUUAGAGCAACACACAAGAAUUCACACGGGAGAGAGACCAUUUAUCUGUUUACAGUGUGGAAAAGGUUUUACUCGACAGCUUUAUCUCCAGCAUCACCAGAAUAUUCACACAGGAGAAAAACCUCAUCACUGUUCACAGUGCGGGAAGAGUUUUAAUCAAGAUAGUAAUUUCCGACGGCACCGGCGUGUUCACACUGGAGAGAAACCAUAUCAGUGCUCACAGUGCGGAAACAGUUUUGCUCAGAAACGUACUUUCGAAGCACCUGAGCGUACUCACACAGGAGAGAAGCCAUAUUAUUGCUCAUGGUGUGGGAAGAGUUUUAAUCGGGAGGGUACAUUUCAAAAACAUCGGCGCAUUCACACCGGAGAGAAGCCGUAUCACUGCUCACAGCGUGGCAAGAGUUUUUCUGAGAGAGGCACGCUUACAGCACACCAGCGCGUUCACACAGGAGAGAAGCCGCAUCACUGCUUAAAAUGCGGGAAGACUUUUAAUCACCGCCGUGCUCUCCAACAACAUCAGCACGUUCACACCGGACAGAAGCCGUAUCAGUGCUCGCAGUGUGGGAAGAGUUUUACUCAGUCGGGUACGCUUCACACACACGAGCGCAUUCACACAGGAGAGAAGCCACAUCACUGUUCACAGUGUGGAAAGAGUUUCGCUUACCUGAGUGCUCUCCAAACACACCAGCACAUUCACACAGGAGAGAAGCCAUAUCACUGCUUAUGUUGUGAAAAGAGUUUUGCACAGCUCUGUCAUCUCCAACAACACCAACGCAAAUACUCAGGAGAGGAGCUGAUCACUGACUGCUGUGUGGGCAGAGAUUUAGCUUUUUACGUAAAUAAGUGUGCGAACACAGAACAGAAGAACAUGAUGGCCACAAGAGCCUCCAGUAAUCAUCAAACGACUGCUGGUAUUCUUUCUACUACGACCAGUCAAGAACAAAUGCACACAGAACUUCACCACUGCUCAUACUGUGGGAAGAGUUUUACUCACCAGAGUAGUUUACAAACACACCAGCGCAUUCACACAGGAGAAAAACCUCAUCAGUGUUCACAGUGUGGAAAGAGUUUCAGGCUGAAAGGUAAUCUCCAGCUUCACCAGCGAAUUCACACAGGAGAGAAACCAUUUAUCUGUGUACUGUGUGGGGCAAAAUUUACUCACAAGUGUACUCUCAAAAGACAUGAACGCAUCCAUACAGGAGAGAAGCCGUAUUAUUGCUCACAAUGUGGAAAGAGUUUUGCUGACUUGAGUAGCUUCCAACAGCACAAACGUAUUCACACAGGAGAAAAGCCGUAUCACUGCUCACAGUGUGGAAAGAGUUUUAAUCUAGAGAGUACUCUCCAACAACACCAGCGCAUUCACACUGGAGAAAAACCGUAUCAGUGCUCACAGUGUGGGAAGAGUUUUAAUCAAAGAGGUCAUCUCCAACAACACCAACGAAUUCACACAGGAGACAAACCAUUUAUCUGUGUACAGUGUGGGGCAAAAUUUACUCAGAAGUGUACUCUUAAAAGACACCAACGCAUUCAUACAGGAGAGAAGCCGUAUUAUUGCUCACAGUGUGGAAAGAGUUUUGCUGACUUGAGUAAUUUCCAACAGCACCAGCGUAUUCAUACAGGAGAAAAGCCAUAUCACUGCCCACAAUGUGGAAAGAGUUUUGCUGUCUUGAGUAGUUUCAAACGACACCAGUACAUUCACACAGGAGAAAAACCGUAUUACUGCUCAGAGUGUGGAAAAAGUUUUACUCACCCAAGUACUCUCCAAAAACACCAGCGUAUUCACAUGAGAGAGAAGCAGUAUAGUAAUCUCUUUAUUGGAAAUAGACAGAAGAACAUGAUGCCCACAAGAGACUUCAGUAGUCAUCAAAUGACUGCUGGUAUUGUUUCUACUACGACCAGUCAAGAACAAAUACAAAUACACACAGAACUUCACAUCUGCUCAUAUUGUGGGAAGAGUUUUACUCACCAGAGUAGUUUACAAACGCACCAGCGCAUUCACACUGGAGAAAUGCCUUAUCAGUGCCCACAGUGUGGAAAGCGUUUCAGUAAGACAGGUCAUCUCCAACAGCACCAACGAAUUCAUACAGGAGAGAAACCAUUUAUCUGUGUACAGUGUGGAGCAAAAUUUACUCACAAGUGUACUCUCCAAAGACACGAACGCAUUCACACGGGAGAGAAGCCGUAUCACUGCUCACAGUGUGGCAAGAGUUUUUCUGACUUGAGUAAUUUCCAACAACACCAACGUAUUCACACAGGAGAGAAACCAUUUCUCUGUGUACAGUGUGGGGCAAAAUUUACUCUCAAUAGUAAUCUCAAAAGACACCAACGCAUCCAUACAGGAGAGAAGUCGUAUCACUGCUCACAAUGUGGAAAGAGUUUUAAUCUAGAGAGUGCUCUCCAACAACACCAGCGCAUUCACACUGGAGAAAAACCAUAUCAGUGCUCACAGUGUGGGAAGAGUUUUAAUCACAGCAGGUCUCUCCUUCGUCACCAGAGUAUUCACACAGGAGAGAAGCCGUAUCACUGCUCACAGUGUGGGAAGAGCUUUAAUCAAGAGAGUAAUUUCCAAAUACAUCAGCGCAUUCACACUGGAGAGAAACCUUAUAGUUGCUCACAGUGUGGAAAACGUUUUAACCAAGAGAGUAAUUUCCAAACACAUCAGCGCAUUCACACGGGAGAGAAGCCGUAUCAGUGUUCACAGUGUGGGAAGAGUUUCAUUCAGAGAGGUCAUCUCCAGUAUCAUCAGCGAAUUCACACCGGAGAAAAGCCAUAUCACUGCUCACAGUGUGGGAAGAGUUUUAAUCGACAUGAUACACUCCAGUAUCAUCAGCAUAUUCACACUGGAGAGAAGCCGUAUCACUGCUCAGAGUGCGGAAAAUGUUUUACUUACCCAAGUAAUCUUCAAAAACACCAGGCCAUUCACAUGAGAGAGAAGCGUUGUUAGUGCUGACAGUGGAGGGAGAUUUUUGUACAACUGUUUGCUUAAAUUUUGAACAGAGAUUUACUUGCAGUGAACAUCACUGGAUAUCAUGCAAGGACAAUAAUACCAUAUUGCACAAGCCUAGUGUAAACUAUAGCUACUGGCCUUGAUUUUCAUUUGGGUUAUCCAACACAUCUACAUAUAUAUACACCAAGAAAUAAACUCUUUUCUCAUAUUUAUCUUUUGAUAUCAAACCCAAAUGUCUACAGUAAAAACUAAAGAAUUGGCCUUGCUGUUCCAAUAGUUUCAGAGUGGACUGUAUAAGGACACUGUGGUCUGGGCCAUGAUAGUUUCCGAUUAGGAUUCGGAACUAAAGCGCAUUCUGCACUUUUGGUUUAUAAAAUAUGAGGUUGGUCACAUUUCCAAUACGGACCAUGAAAAAAAGGUCAGAAUUUGUGUUCUAAAUUAUAAAUAGAACCCGAUCAUAUUUGAAGUUCCAGUAGUGUCUGGCAAACUGAAGACGCUCGAGUUUGUUUUUGGAUGAGAGUAGAGGCUUUUUUCUUGAAGCCCUUCAAAACAACUUGUGGUGAUGUAGGUGACUUCGAAUUGUAGUUUUGGAUACUUUCUGACCCCAAGACACAACUAACAUCUGCAGUUCUCCAGCUGUGAUCCUUGGAGAUUUUUUGGCACUUCACAGUGCGUUGAGACAGUAAUUGUUGUACACCUAUAUUUAACAAAGAUAAACCUGUGUUGUGUUUUGCAAUUCUCUGAUAUCCAUGAGAGUAUUAUUGAGAUUUUUUUUUAACAAAAGUUCAAAAUGUUGAACAAUGAAACAAAUUACCACUUCUUUGCUCAUAUUUACCAAAGGUGCCAAUAUUAGUGGAGGGCAGUGUAUAUAAAAUAUCAGUUGGGUCCUUUUCAAGUUCAAGGGGUGAAAACUUACGCAAGACGCUCUAUGGUAGAACCAUAAAUUGUAAAUUUUGUUCUUUUGGUAAAGAAUUGCAUCACAUUAUCUGUUUUGUAGGUGAGAAAUGUCCAGUUCAUUUGUGCAAUGAAAAUGUAACCCAAAUGCUUAAAAAUAAACACACUUAUCAUAUUGGG